UUGAGGGGAGUUCUCGUAGUCAGAGAAGUGAAUUUUGCCCGGAAAGGCAAGAAGAGGGAGAGAAACACACACACACACACACACACACACACACACACACCUCUACAGCGAUUCAGUCGGUUUUAUCAAACUUAUCAGUGGUUUAUUUGAUACCAGACAUCUCCUGGCUGCUUAAUGCGUCGCUUUGACAAUGUUAGGACAAUAUCCGAACGCGGAGAAAUCGCAGCUCGUGAGCUAUGUGGAGGAUUACCUGGAGUGUGUCGAGUCUCUUCCUCUGGACAUUCAGAGAAAUGUUUCACUUCUGCGCGAGAUCGACACCAAAUAUCAAGAGAUCUUAAAGGAAGUAGACGAGGUGUUUGAUAAGUAUAAGAAGGAGGCAGAUGGAGCUCAGAGGAAGCGACUGCAGAUGCAGCUGCAGCGCGCCCUGAUCAGCAGCCAGGAGCUCGGUGACGAGAAGAUCCACGUGGUCACGCAGAUGAUGGAGGUGGUGGAGAACCGCUCGCGCCAGAUAGAGGCUCACUCUCCCUGCUUCCUGGACCCUGGCGAAGCUGAAAGACCGGUUGAAAAAUCUCGGCACGAGACGGGAAGUGGCGCCGCUAACGCCAUGGCCGAGCGCUCGUCAUCACGCAGACCUCGCCGACAUCGCAACAGCGAGAGCCGAGACUCAUGUUACAGCGCUAACGGGGCUAACGGGGUUCUGGAUGACCCGAGUGACGAACCCACGGGUCAGCCGCCGCGCGAGAAGAAAUCCAAAUCGGCUAAGAAGAAGAAGCGCUCGAAAGCCAAGCCGGAGCGAGAGGUAUCUCCUGCCGUGGAGUUCAACAUCGACCCCAACGAGCCCACGUACUGCCUUUGUGAGCAGGUGUCCUACGGUGAGAUGAUCGGUUGCGAUAACGAGCAGUGCCCCAUCGAGUGGUUCCAUUUCUCCUGCGUUGGACUCACCUACAAACCCAAGGGCAAGUGGUACUGCCCCAAGUGCCGAGGAGACAGUGAAAAGACCAUGGACAAAAGCACAGAGAGGCCCAAGAAGGACCGCCGCUCCAGGUAGUGAGUCACGUUCACGUGAGAGAGAGAGAGAGAGAGAGAGAGAGACACGUCGAGCCUGAGCCACACGUACGGAACGUUCCCGAAUGUUCCAGACUCUUCCAGAACGUCCGUGCUCCACAGAGUCACGCUGAUCUUCCUCACUCACUCAACACAGUGUGCUUCAUUCAGCUUCACUUCAGUGUGUUUACUCAUUAACACCCGUCUGGUUCAGAUUAGACUCCAUAGCAGCAGGCUGUAACUCAGAGGAAGUGACAUCAGAGGUCUGAGUUCAAUUGAUGGAUAGUGAGUGUUGAGUGGAUGUGAGGAGCAUGGUCGUGUUCCAGUUCAGACAGCGACUCUUCCUCGUCCACUUCCCUUCAGCGCUCGUCCUCGUCCUCCGUCUGUCUGUUAACACGAGUCACCACCGCUACACGCGUUCCAGAAUGCUCUAAGGUCUGACGCCAUUUCCUGUUUGAGUGCAUGAACUAAAACAUUAACACUCGUUUUUCCAGAAAUAAACGCGGAUCUGAUGUCGGAGAACGCAGGAGAGCUGGAACACGGAAAGUCUCACCAAACUGCCAUCAGUGUUUCUAAAAUACAGCGAAGAGACUUUUCCAGACUUUAUUUUUAUUUCAUUAGAGUUGUGAAAAAGACACACGCAGGAUCGGACCUUCCUCACGUCCCUGACUUUCUGUUCAUUUCAUUUAACACCAAGAUAAGGAGAAAUGUCUUCCAGCGGGACGGAACGCUUCUGUGUUUCUCUUGCUUUGUUGAGUCUGGUGUAAUUUUUUUUUUUCUUGGUUCUAGGUUUCCUUUUUUAAAAAAACAAGUUUUGUGUAUUUAAAUAAACCAGUGCUUUACA